AUGACCAAGGCUCGCAGCUUUGAUGUAGGUGCAAUACAACUCAGAUGCCCUAACAGCUGGGAUGAUGUACUCACAAAAAUCACAACACAAAAAAGCAUGACCGCUGUAACUUCAACCUCAUCUACCCAAAAAGCCCUCAAUACUUUCUGGAAGAAUAAACUCACAUCCGAUGAAAUAAUCACCCAGUCACCCAAUGUUCUCCCCAAACAUAUAUACAAACGACUUGCCGGGCAACAAAAAUCCAAGGACAAUAUCUCUGGUUGUAGCGUCAACACCUCCUACGAUGCUGCUGUAAAAGAAUGCCAAGCUAAAGUUGCGGCCAUUGUCGCAGAAUGCAGACGCAAUAAUAUUAAAUACACCGAUAAUGAUUUUGAUCUCGAUGACAUGGAUUAUUGUCUAAAGCCUCUCACAGUUACCGUACCAGGCACAUUGAAUGGAGAAGAGCAUACACAGACUGGCCCUCCAAAGAAAACAAACAAUGUGAAGACGGUCAUUACACGAACCGGAAUCGUGAAGCUGACUGCGGCCGAAGUACGAGGGCCUGCUUGUGCAAAAAGAGUUGGUGAUAUCUUCGAAAAUCCCAAGUUUUUCAUUGAGCAUGAGGCUCAUGUACAAGAUAUACGCCAAGGUUCAGAGGGAGAUUGUUGGUUCAUUUCUUCUUUGGCAUGUCUUACCAUAGACGAGGCAUUUCCACGACUCAUUAAUAAACUUUGUCCGGAAAAGGCACGUAAUGAGGAAAUUGGAGUAUACGGAUUCGUUUUCUAUCGUGAUGGAGAAUGGGUCUCAGAAAUCAUUGAUGACAAACUAUACCUUACCAAUCCUGAUUAUGAUGAUUGCGACGAUGAUAGAAGAUCUGUCUGGGAUCGUUCCCAUGGAAGACUAGACCCUGAAUUUUCGCGUACAGAAUAUAAGAAGGCUUUUCAAACAGGUUCGAACGCUUUGUUUUUUGGAUCUUGCGCCGAUCCCAACGAGACUUGGUUACCGUUGAUUGAGAAGGCUUUUGCAAAAGUGCAUGGCGACUUCGAUUCAAUUAAUGGUGGUUGGCCUGGUGAGGGCGUCGAAGAUCUAACUGGAGGUGUUACUACCAAAUUGAUUUCCUCUGAUAUUCUAGAUAAAGAUAAUUUCUGGACUCAAGGUCUAUUAAAAGUAGGCAAUGAAUUCAUAUUCAAUGCCGGCACAAGGAAUUAUACCCAUCCUGAUCUAGAAGAACUAGGAAGGCAAGGUAUUGAGGAUGACCACGCUUACUCUGUUCUUCGAGCGGUAGAAUACCAAGGAAAUCGUCUUUGUCUCCUGAAAAAUCCUUGGGGGGAAACGGAAUGGAAUGGCCCAUGGUCUGAUGGUUCUAAAGAAUGGACUAGGGAAGCACUUGAUGCACUCAAUCAUAAGUUCGGUAACGAAGGUAUUUUCUGGAUGCCGUAUGAGGAUUUCCUUAGUAGAUAUGAUGAAAUCUGGAGAACGAGACUCUUUCAUUGUGAUUGGCUUUGCUGGAAUGUUGCACAGCACUGGACUACUGUUAAUGUACCUUGGUCUGGAGAUUAUAACGAAACAUUCUUUCACUUUACCAUCUUCGAGCCAACCACAACCGUGGUUGUCCUCUCCCAACUUGACAACCGCUACUUUGGUGGCUUUGCUGGGCAAUAUACUUACUCCCUCUCUUUCUAUCUACACUCCUCAGGACAAAAAUCUCAUAUCGUCCGCGGCUACUCAAGUGGUGAUCGUUCCGCAACUACUGAAAUCUUCCUCGAAGCAGGUACUUAUGAAGUGUUUCUUCAAAUCACUGGAUAUCGUGAUGAUACACUUCCGAAGGUGGAAGAUGUCGUCAAGCAAAAUUGGCUCAGUAGAAGAGAUAAAUUGAUUCAAAUCGGUUUGAAGCAUGAUAUGGCUUAUGCUAAGGGUACGAUUGAUGAAAAUUUCUCAAAGAAAAAUGAGAGAAUGUCUCUCGCUACAUCUGCUAUUCUUACCCCACCUAUAACUCCCCCCGUUACGCCAUCCACUCCUUCUUCCGAAAAUGCGCCAGAAAUGGAUAAACAUGCAUGGAAUGCUUCCUGCAUUAUCGGCCUCAAAGUUUAUACGUAUCAAACGAUAGCAACGAUUGGGCUAGGAAAAGCAACUGAUACAGAUGAGGUUGAAACGAUUGAAAAUGCAGACGAGAAAGGACAGGCUAUUCGUAAGAUACUUUCUACACUAGAUGACACGUUCUCGAGUAACUUACAUAAGAUGAAGAUUAGGACGAAAAAGAAAAGUUUAAAGGUAAAGUGGAAAUUUCAUGGUAGAAAUUGGAAGGAGGAGACUGGAUUGUGUGAUGAGAAAAAAGGGGGGAAGAGGGAGAGGAAGGAGAAGAAGAGGGAACGGAAAAGGGAAAGAAAGGAAGAGAAGAGCAGGGAGAAGAGAAAGAGGAAAAGGAAGUUGUAG